UGGUGUAAAAUGUACUACUAUACGUGUACGAACCAAGACAGUGAAAAAGGCUUCUCGUGUAAUUAUUGAGAAAUAUUACACCAAGCUGACCAAUGACUUCCACACAAACAAGCGGGUGUGUGAGGAGAUUGCAAUCAUUCCUAGCAAGAAGCUGAGAAACAAGAUUGCUGGCUUUGUUACACAUUUGAUGAAGAGGAUUCAAAAGGGACCAGUAAGGAAUAUCUCCAUUAAGCUUCAGGGGGAAGAGAGGGAGAGGAGAGAUAACUAUGUACCAGAGGUUUCUGCUCUUGAGCUGGACAUUAUUGAAAUUGAUCCAGACACCAAAGAGAUGUUGAAGGCACUGGACUUUGACAAGCUUCCACACCUUCAGGUCACCCAGCCCACUCCUGCUUUUGUUGGAGGAAGGCCACCCCCAGCUGGUUUGAGGACAUAA